AUGUUCAGCCUUUCACCUAUUGUUCAGAAAUCUUAUCAAACCAGCUCUUUUUCUUAUGAAUAAUAGAUGGAUGAUAUGACCUGCAUUGUUGACAAUGGAGUAUCAGGAUCAAUUUAUCUAGGAAAUAUUGAAUCAGCUUCUAGCCUUGAAAAUCUGCGAAGACACAGAAUCAAUGGUGUUCUAUCAAUUUGUAUGAAUAAGAUACCAUUUGAAGUACAAACACAACUACAAAAUUAUCAACAUAUAUACUUGGAGGAUUGUGAAUCUGAAAAUAUUAGCAGACAUUUUGAUAGCAGUAAUUAAUUCAUUGAAAGAGCCAGAGAAGGUGGGAAUGUGUUGGUUCAUUGUAUGGCUGGUAUUUCAAGAUCAGCCACUCUUGUUGCAGCAUAUUUAAUGAAAAAAAAUAAUAUGAGUGCUCAAGACGCCUUAAGAUUGCUAGAAAGAAAAAGAUGGCAAGUCUAUCCAAAUAAUGGAUUCUUAAGACAAUUGCAACAAUACGAACGAGUAUUACAACAAAAAACUAAUAAAAGUGACAUUAUGGAGUUUUCACCAUUAAAGGAAUCUUUAUUAAAAAGCAAGUAAUUUUAAACUCCAACCAAAGAAAUCUCAUUCAUGAACAAAUAUGAAGAUAAAUAAUUAUAUUCUUCUGGUAUUAAAUCAAGGCCACUUGAUGAUAUUAAAUACGAGAGUUAUAAACGCAAAUCCUCAGGUGCAAAUGUCUAUAAUAGUCCAGAGCCAACAUAAAAAAUGCAGUUUUCACUUACUAAUCACAGACCUAAUUCAGCCAUUAGGACUUCUCCAGAUUUGAUCAGAAAGAAGAACUAUUUAUAAGAUGCAAUUCAUGGAAGUAAAAAGGAGGGAUUGGCUUCUCUAGCAUUGGAAUUGAAUUCCUUGGAUUGGCAGAACAGAAAAUAAGAUUUUGGAAAUAAGUUUGCCAAACAAAUGACUCAACCCUCCAGCAAAACAUUUGUAUCUUAGAAUAAACCAUUAUAAUUAAAUUAACAUUAAAGUAAACUAGAUGAAUUAUUAAAUGCCUUUAACAGAAAGCCAAUACUAUGA